UCUAUAUCAAGUCAUCCAAGUUUAACACAGAAUAAUCAAGUUAAAUUCAGUGCAAGAAUAAUAGUACUAGAGCAGAUAAACAGGUGCAGAGAAAUUCAAGUGAGACACUAAGCAAUGACAAUGAAACUGCCCAAUAAUUCAGGAGAGAGUCCAGUCAAUAGCCAUCUUACCCACUUUGCUUGGAAUUCAAUGCACACGCUAUAGUACAAGAACCAUCAGGAAGCUUCCCUGUAAAUUCCACAUGUGAUGAUGUUAUUGAAUUUAAGGCCACUGCAUUAAGACUAGUUAGCUACUACUACUAUUCAUUACUUUAGCAAGAAGUCUAGGCAAAAAGAAAUGCAUCACUUCAAGGGACUCGCAAGGAAGAACCUAGUUUCCUCUGCCUCUGCAGAAAGGCGGAAGAAAGAGCAGCAUUAUUAUUUAAAGAAUGGAAGUUCAGUGCUGGAGGAGAUUCUUGCUUUAUGCGACGGAAAUUGCCGAAUUCCCAUCCGUUAUUUCAGUGCCAUAGAGAUCCAGAGGGCAACAGAGCACUCUGCAAAGAAAAUAAAGCUCUCAGCUCUGGAUUUGGUUACGGGCUCUCUGAACAACCGCCUUGUUUUAGUUCGGUUCAAUGAACUGAACUUCGAUAAUAUUCACCGAGAUAUAGCAAUUACUGCUCAGAUGAGCCAUCUCAAGAAUGUGCUCAGACUUGUCGGUUGCUGUCUAGAAUUUGAAUCACCAGUUAUGGUGUAUGAAUAUGUUGAAGGUAUAUCUCUUAGAGAUCUACUUUUCAAAAAAGGUAAUCAUGAUGAUCAAACUAGAAGAUCAUUAUUAUCUUGGGGAAAUAGAUUACGGAUUGCCAAUCAGGUUGCUUCUGCAGUCGUUUUUCUCCAUACAGAAUUUACUACGCCCAUCAUCCACAGAGAUAUAAAGCCUCACAAAGUGAUAAUAGAUCAGAAUAGCGGUGUUGCCAAAAUGGUGGACUUCUCAUUUUCCAUAUCAUUGCCUCCUGGGAAAUUGGAGGUACAAGCUGGAUUUCUAGGAACAGCCGGGUAUAUAGCUCCUGAAUAUGGCCGUCAUGACAUUGUUACUCAAAAAAUUGACGUCUAUAGCUUCGGGGUUCUUCUCUUUGAGCUAUUAAUUGGAGAAAGUGUGCACGAUAUUAUCAUGAAUAGAAUGGCAAUUCCAAAAGAGGGGACAAAUUUUGAAAAUCUCACACCCAACAUCGUCGAUAGCUAUUUUACAGAGGGUAAUGUAAUAGAUAUAGCGGAUCCUGCCAUUUUAGAAGAGCGUGGAAUUGAGAUUCGACAACAAUUGGAAGACUACUUGGAUCUUGUUAAGAAAUGCACAGCUUACAAGGGAGAAAAUAGACCAUACAUGAUUCAUGUUGCAAGGGAAUUACGCCGAAUUGAGAAGUGUUACCGUGCCCUCACUCUUGGUCAGAAAUAAAUGUCUGUUUUGAUCCCAUCAUAUUUUUUUUCCUGAAUGUACCGUCAUAUUUAUGUUGAACAAAAAUGAGAUCUAUAGACAAUGAAAUUGCCAAUUUGAUC